UACACAUAUACCCCUUCCUCCGGGUUUCAAACAACCCCUUCCUCAUACCUACACAGUAGAGAACAAUCAAGGAUGGAGCUGCCGACGAAGAUGCUGGUUCUGCUGCUGGUCGCGUUCGGCGUACCGUUUCCGCAUUGGCUAGCGGCGCCACCGAUCACCUUGACUGAGAGGCUGGAGGUUAGCCAGCAGCAUCCCACCGCAGCGACGUACAUGAGCUUCAUGACGCGCCUGGAUUGUGCCGUCAAGAGCACCACUGUCGAGUCGAUCCUGUAUCGCCCGUUGCUGGGUGAACAGAAGCUGUCGACGACGCCGGAGUACUGGGUCAACAUCGAGCUCACGGACGCGGCCGGAAGGCGCCUCCUCACGUUGGCCCUCCGCUCCGACAACCUCUACGUCUCCGGCUUCGCGAACCGGCACGGCGAGUGGUUUGCCUUCAAGGGCCAGCAGGCGAAACUCCCGGGCUCGACGGCGCUCUCCUACACCGGCGACUACGCAGACAUUUUCGGGCAAGGCGUGGGCUACCGCGGCCUAGGCUCCGUCCAGGUCAACCGGCCCCAGGCGUUAGCCAACACCCUCCUGCUCGCCGACUACAGGUCUGGCUCUGGCCCCGACACUGCUCUCAAGCCAGCACUCGGCUUCUUCAUUCUCACCAUCUCCGAGGCGGAGCGGUUCCCCACCCUCCGCGCUGCACUCGGCCGUGCCAUGGACGCGUCGACGCCGCAAACCAUGGGUGAGUCCCUGGUUCGCCUCGCCGUGAACUGGAAGAGGCUCUCCUGCGCCCUACGUGCCUGGGACCGGUUCGGGCGGACCAUGGCUGUGUGGAACGCAAACACCGAGGCGCGUGAGCUCCGGACGAACAUCGGCGUCACGACUCCGGAGGCCGCGCUGGAUAAUAUCCAGCCGCUGCUACGCAGCAAUGGCUGCACCUGGACCCACUGAGUAACGAUGCAUCUUGUGUUCACGGAAUUCUCCGGUUCAUGAAUAAAAUAAAUAAAUCCAUCUUUCGCAAAAAUAAAUAAAUAAAUAAAUCCAUUUGUCAGUUGUGUGAUGUA